CUUUCAUUACCUUUUCCUAUCAUAUAAAAACAACAUAUUUUGUAUGAAAUGAAAUCAUAAGCAAACACAUGAAGGCCAGUGGAGCAGCAGAGGUUCCCAAUGGGAAGAUCAGAGCUUUCGAAACCAUUAGAAAUAUUAUCCUACCAAUAAUCUUGACGACCACUGUUAUUCUCAUUGCAAUAUUCUGUGUCUCUUCAUAUUCUUCUAGCUCUCAUGAUUCCCUGCUGCAAUCUUUCACAACUAGCUCCAAUAAUGCUUCAACAAGCAUGGGUAUAGAGCGAAGGUGUGAUAUAUUCAAGGGGAACUGGGUUCCAUAUCCCGACGGUCCGUAUUAUACAAACAAAACCAAAUGUGUGAUUGAGGACAGACAGAACUGCAUCAAGUUUGGACGACCAGACAGUGAGUUCAUGAAAUGGAGGUGGCAACCAGAGGAAUGUGAUCUGCCCAUGUUUGAUGCGGGGCGGUUCUUGGAACUUGUCAGAGGUAAAACUUUGGCUUUCCUUGGGGACUCUCUUGCAAGAAACCAAAUGCAGUCGCUGGUGUGCCUCUUGGCUAGCGUUGCAGAUCCAGUAGAUGUUUCCUACGUUGCCAACACCAAGUUCAGACGUUGGCUGUACGAGGACUACAAUUUCACAAUCCAAGCACUGUGGUCGCCGCAGUUGGUAAAAUCCCGCGACGUUGACCCCAACGGCACCUCAGCUAACAGCCUCAUGAGCCUUUACCUAGACGAGCCCGACAGCGCCUGGGCAGAUCAAGUUCAAGAAGCCGACAUCGUCAUCAUCUCCGCCGGCCAAUGGUUCUUCCGCCCAUUCCUCUACCACAAACACGGCCGGGUCAUCGGAUGCCACAAAUGCACCCAAACCAACAUCACAAAACUCACCAAUUACUACGGAUACAGGAUGGCUUUCCGGACAGCGUUUAGGACCCUUGCGAAACCCCGCCGCCGGGGACUGGUGAUUCUGAGGACAUUCUCGCCGGCGCACUUUGAGAACGGGGAUUGGGAUAAGGGAGGGAACUGCGUGAGAACAAAACCAUUUGAGAAAUCAGAGGUGAAGGUGGAAGGGUACGUCUGGGAGAUGUACUUGAGUCAAAUGCAGGAGUUCAGGGCAGCGCAAAGGAGAGGGACGAUGAAAUUAAGGUUGUUGGAUACGACAGAAGCCAUGAUCCUACGGCCGGAUGGACAUCCUAACCAUUAUGGUCACUGGGCGUACGAGAAUGUUACAGUAGCCGACUGUGUACACUGGUGCCUGCCUGGCCCUGUCGACACUUGGAAUGAACUCUUGCUGCAAAUUUUGAAGACGGAAGAAGAUGAAUCCAGCCAUGGGGACUAAACUAUGUGUUCCAUCAGAAUUAAAAGUCUAAGUUUUUUUUUAUUA